CACGAGAAUUAUGUGAAGAGGUAUAACUUCUAAGAUUAUUUUAAUAUGGAAAAAGUAAGUGAAAUAUGAACUUACAAAAUAGUAUAAAUGCAGCAUUUUUAUUGUUUAUGCUCAUUAGCAAUUCAUUUCAAAGACCGCAACUGGAUGUUAAUGUAUCAACAACAGUUGAACCAGUAGAGACCACCGAAGAUAAUACUGAAAAAGUGCUUCAAGUCACUGAAGCUACAGCAGUUUCUGUAAAGAGUACUAUUAAUGUUUCAUCCGUUCGCCCUAUUGAAGUCUUCGAAGACUUUCAGCCAAGCAACUACUACAGACCAGAUGGUAACCCUAUUUUUGAAAAGCCAAGUCCACCAGUCAGGCAAGAAAUUUUCUACAAACCCAGCUACUUUAAUAUACCUCCUAGUCAUUUAAUUUACCAAUUACCUAAAAGGCCUGAUACUGGCGUAGUGUUUCCACAAGCUACACAGGAACAUUAUUCAGAACAUCAGUAUAACAAGUCACAACCACCAGAGUUCAGAAGUCCGAUGAAAUAUGGUGAAGUCUUACCACAAUUUAAACCAAUAAAACACGACAGCGGAGAAAUUACACCCAAUUUCAAUAAUGACUUUAAUGACAAAAAUGUAAGAAAUUAUCAUGGUAAUGAAAUGGCACAUUAUCCCGAUAUUGUGCAUGAACCACCAAUGUCAUACCACCACUCUCUAGCAAAAAAAAAAGUGGAUCCAUGGAAAAGCGUUCUAAAAGUAAUGGCUUCUCUUCUGCCAAUCGGUAUACUUUUUGCAUCUUUUCCGCCUACAGUGAUCCGAGUUAAUUCUACGCAAAAUCCAUAUCAAGUCCCGAAAAAUGUCUCCCAUUAUCCAAGUACUUACAAUAGUAUAUAUAAGGCACUAAAAAAGAAAGCUGUAGGAAGAAAUGUUGAAAAUGCAGAAGAUAAGUUUUCGGAUGAUUUAGACGAAUGUUCAAAACGAAAAUUAUGUGAAAACUUGAAGCUAAACUACUCAAUCACUGAACUUGAAUCGUUAUUACAAGAAAUUAAGUACAAUUCAACUGAACCAUUUACUACUUCAAUGACAAAUAUCAUAAAAUUAGCUACGCAUAUAUCUAUAGACAGCUGUCAAGAAUAUAUUUGUAACAUUUAAACAACAAGAAUGAUGGUAAUAAUUAAGUAGGGAGUAACUUUAAUACUACUAUAGAAUUCCAUAGUUUUGUGGGUAUACUGUUCAAAAAAUAUCAUGCAUGCGCGGAAUGUCAUGUUUAAUGGCUAUGUCGGAAGUUGUUUUAGCUCUAGGCAAACUUUCGUACCGCGGUAGUCAUAAAUUGAAAAUUACUCAAAUUUAAAUCUUAUAGAUAUAGUAUGAAUUUCUACCAAGAAUGUGAUUGAUGACACAUUUUUUAAAUUACCACUUUCUUAACAGUAAUAGUUCUAAAAAGUAAAAUGUAUACUUUUAUGUUUAAUCGCAGAUUAGCCACUUACUUCGAUAUAAUAUGUAUUAUGAAUAAUGUAUACAUAUUAUGCAUUUUGUUUAUAUUUAUCUAACUCUAUGUAAAACUAUUGAAUUCCGAACUAAAAUUAAAUAACAUAAUAUUGAGAUUAAGAGUUGUAGUAAAUAUCACAAAUAGUAUAAUUUACUAGAUACUAAUUUCUGGGUGUUCCAUUUGAAGUAAGACACUCAACAUCACUUAAAAUAGUUCCAUGUUGAAGUUUUUUAUUUUUAUUAAAUGUUAUAUAUUUAUUUUACAAUUUUAUAAAAUUACUAAAUAUAUAGGUGUUUAGUUUUUUCCAGAGCUCUAUCAAGUUUUGAAACAUAAAUGGUAACAUAUAUAUUUAAUUAACUUUAUUUAAAUUAAGAAUAAUUUUCUAAACAGUUUUGAAUAAUUACUUUUAAAGUUAAAAAUGUAGGACAAGAGGUGGAGUGUGGUUGAGUUAUAAGCACAGAUAAAUCUAAUACUAUUUCCCACUAUUCCUUCCGUCCUAUAUUUUAAACCUAAAUCAAGUUUGUUCAAAACAAGAUACCGAUCAGUCAACAUUUUUAGUAAAUUAUUCUUAAUUUAAAAGUUAAUCAAAUAUAUAAGUUACCAUUUUAUAAAAUUUAUAUUGCAUAUAUUAUAAAACUUAAUUAUAAUAACAAUAACAAGGUAUUUUUUUAAACAUAAGUUUGUUUAAAAUGUUAGGUUGCACUAACUUUAUUGGUUCCAUAAACUGUUUAUAGACUAUCGUGAUAGGUGCAAACGAGGUUUAUGGAACGUUUAGUACUUAAUUUUAAUGGAUUCAUUAAACAA